AUGGGCAUUAUGGGAAGAGGAUCAUCUGCUGAAUAUGUGAAGAACUUCAUCUUGUUUGUGGCGAUAACGACCGUGUUAAUCAUGAACGACUCAGUUGUUUCUGCAGAGGAAAGCAAAGAAUCCCAGAUUUAUAUCGUUCAUGUGGAGGAACCAGAAAUGGGCCUAAGUAGCUUUGAAGAGCGCAACAAAUGGUAUUCAUCGUUUCUGCCCAAAACAAGACCAUCAGAUGCCGACAGAGAAGGAGGAGGAGAUUCUAAUGCAAAUCUAGUGCAUGCGUACAAGAAUGUUAUUACUGGAUUUGCCGCCCGAUUAACAAAAUCCGAAUUGGAGGCGAUGAGACAAAUCAAAGGUUUUGUGGAUGCAAAUCCUGAUAGGGUGCUGCACUUGCAGACAACAUAUUCUGCUAAGUUCCUAGGGCUGGAUCCCCACCAGGGACUGUGGCCAAGAUCCAACACGGGCAAGGGCGUCAUAAUUGGGAUACUAGAUGGAGGUAUCUCGCCAGAGAGCCCUUCGUUUAAGCCAGAUGACAAGAUCGGUCCUGUGCCUUCUCGGUGGAAGGGAAUCUGCCAGACUUCACCAGAUUUCAAUGCGUCUAGCUGUAACAACAAGCUCAUCGGAGCAAGAAUCUUCACAAACAUCGGCCCUCAUACGGCAAGGGACUUGGAUGGACACGGCACUCAUACUGCAUCGACCGCCGCCGGAAGCCCCGUUGCCAAUGCCGGAAUUUUUGGCAAUGCAGAAGGAACCGCCCAGGGGAUGGCACCGGGCGCUCAUAUUGCGGUUUACAAGGUUUGCAGAGAUUCGCUAUGCAUGACAUCUGAUGUUCUGGCGGGGAUGGACGAAGCCAUUUCAGACGGCGUGGACGUGCUCUCGCUCUCUCUUGGAGGCGGCGCUGUGCCGUAUUAUGACGAUGACAUUGCCAUUGGGGCCUUCUAUGCGAUGGAAAGAGGCAUUUUUGUGAGCUGUGCGGCCGGAAACAAUGGGCCGGCAGAGCCUUCUUUUCUUGAGAACAGCGCACCUUGGAUCAUGACGGUGGGUGCAAGCUCCAUGGACAGACAUUUUGUUGCAAAUCUCAAGCUUGGAGACGGAACAAUUCUGUAUGGUGAGUCACUCUUCAACGGCAUGGAGAGCAAGACUCCAGAAUUGAGCCUUGUACGGGGAAACUUGUGUGUGCAAGGCGCUCUGGAUUUGAAUCUGAUCAAAGGGAAGCUUGUGGUGUGCAUGAGAGGCGGUCCUACAACACAAACGCAGCAGGGAGAAGCUGUUCGAGAGGCCGGAGGGGCCGGCGUGAUAUUCAUUAAUGAUAAUUCUGGCGGGGAGGAAAUCCGAGUGGACGUUCAAGUUUUGCCGUCAACAACCCUUGGUUACAAGGCAGCACUUGCCCUGGAAGCCUAUAUGACUUCUACCAAGACCCCCACGGCGGCCAUUCAGUUCCACGGCACCGUCUUUGGCGCCGCCAACAAUAUUUCAGCGCCCGCAGUGGCCUCUUUUUCAUCCCGCGGCCCCAACGUAAUCAGCCCAGAAAUUCUGAAACCCGACGUAAUCGCCCCCGGAUUUGGCGUCCUAGCAGCUUGGCCUUCAGAUCUCAGUCCGUCGAGACUCCCUCAAGAUCAGAGAAGAGUAAUGUUCAACAUCAUGUAUGGGACGUCCAUGUCCACCCCACAUGUGAGCGGGGUGGCUGCUUUGUUAAAAAACACUCACCCGGAAUGGAGCCCUGCGGCCAUUAAGUCUGCUCUUAUCACUACUGCAGACCACGUCGAUAAGAAAGGUGGGCCGAUUCUUGACGGUGGAAACAGUUUCGCUCCGGCAGAUAUUUUCGCUACAGGCGCUGGACAUAUAAAUCCCGAAAGAGCAGCCGAUCCAGGCCUUAUCUAUGACCUUAGUGCCCAGGAAUAUGGUCCCUAUCUCUGUGGGCUGAAGUACACAGUAUCUCAGAUCCGGAUGAUCCUAAACAAAAAUAAUGUGUGCCCUACCAGUGAUGAAAGCACUCUCACCGGCAACCUCAAUUAUCCGUCCUUCUCUCUGGUUUUUGAUAAUCUAAAUUCUAUUACCUUGAGAAGAAGCGUGACCAACGUUGGAGCGGCCAAAUCCACAUACAGUGUCAACAUUUCUCCUCCCAGAGGAGUGGAUGUGACGGUGAGUCCAACGUCCUUAUCUUUUGAAGCAGUGUUGGAGAAGAAGAGUUACAGCGUCACGUUUGUAGUAAACAAAAGCAAUGCUAACAGAUCAUCUGUUUCUCAAGGCUCAAUUACGUGGGUUUCAAGCUCUCUUGUUUACAGUGUAAGGAGCCCUAUCUCCGUCGCUUGGAAUAGAACUGUAAUGUGA